AACACUGAAAUCGACCCGGAGCAAACUCCACCUUCGCAGUCCUGAACCGUAAGCACAACCCCUGAAAGAGAAACCCACCCCACAAGUGAGUGAGCUCAAAAGGCUUGAACUAAACCCAAGCUACAUGAGCUCAGAGCGGCUGCAGGACUGAGAACUGCGGAGCUGUGACAGCCAGAGCCUGUUGUAGUGGGAGCUGAGAGCAGGAAUGCUGUGCUUGGGAAGUUUAAAAGUGAUGAAGUGGAGGCAGCUUGUCUGGAUUGCAUUCUGUGUGCUGGAGCUGGCUGGCAAUGCUUCAGGGAACUCAACAGUCCCUCUGACACCUCCAGCCAUGGCCGCUGAGACGAGCAGCAGCAGCAGCAGCAGCUUUGUGGCAGACUCUGGAGCCCCUGCAGCUCCCAGCACUCCUCAGCCCUCUGCUGCAGACAAGUCCCUGGCAGCCAGCUCCACCCUCCCAAGGCUCAGGAGUGACAGCACAAGUGUCCAGCCCAGCCUCCACUCCAGCCUCCAGCCCAGUGCAGCAACCUCAACGCAGCCUCUGGGCACCCCCUUGGACUUCAACAACACGAGCCAUGAGGCUGCCACAAGUGAAAAGCCAGCAACACAACCCAGCACAGCAAGAGAAACCCCAAGGGCCACAUCAGAGCUGAUGACCUCUUCCAUCACCUCAGGGCAUCCUCCUGCCUCCACUGCUACCACAACACUGCACACAGCCAGAGACAGCCCAAAGACCAUCACAUGCCACAAUGUCAGAGAAGUGAGUGACACUGGAGCCAUCUGCCUGCAGCUCAACGAGUCCAGCACUUGCAAACACUUUUUGGAGGAGAAGGGCUCAGCCUUGUGGAGUGCCAUCUGUGAAGGCAGCAGCCACCCUGUGCCCUCCCCCUGCCAGAUCAAGCUGGCCAAGUCUGAGGUGGACCAUGACUGCCUGCUCCUCAUCCUCGUCGGCGAGAGAGAUCCUGCUACAGAUGUGCUCCAGGAGUCUCACUGGGAGAAGUUUGGAAUAAAAUCCCUGAAACGAGGGAGUGUGAGGAACCACCAAGACUUCUCUCAGAAGACUUUGAUAGCCUUGGUGACAUCUGGACUCUUGCUGGCAUUCCUGGGCCUGGCAGGGUAUCUGCUGAUGAAGCGGAGGAGCUGGAGCCCGGCGGGCGAGAGGCUGGCUGAAGACCCGUACGACAACGGCAGCCAAGGAAACACCAUGCUGAUGAUGCCUGCCCAGGAGCAAGCCGAGCUGCAGGAGAAGCCCAACCUCAACGGCGGCACUCAGGAGAACGGGACCGGCCAAGCAGCCUCCAAAAACGGCCACUCCGCCCGGCAGCACAGCCCUGCCGACACCCAGAUGUGAUGCAGGUGGAGCAAUCUGUCCUCACCGCCACCCAGGAGGGGAGCAAAGAGAUGAGGGAGGGCAAGAGAUUCCCUACGGACAGUCAGGGAAUAGCAGAGCUUUGUUCGUUCCUUCGUUCCCAUCCUUGUUUCUGUGAAGGACUUCAAAAGUCAGCCUAAAGCACAUUCAGCACCAGAGCUGCCAAAGAACCUGCUUGUCUGCCUCCUCCUCCUCCUCUUCCUCCUCCCAUUGACCACACAGGACUCUUUUUCUGUUGCAGCUGUUCUCUGCUUUUGUUGUUGGAAGCUGAUGAGAGACGCAGGUGCCCUUAGCCCCAGGGGCAGAGCAAAGCUGCAGAAGCCUUGAGGCAGGCUCCGAGCAGGCAGCGCUGGUGAGGAGCGUUAGGCUGAGUCAAACACCCAACCCUGGGACUGCAGUGACCAAAACCUCUCAGGUUUCAGAUCUUCUUUUAAUCUCUUUGUGUUUAAGUGCAGGAUAUCCUCCUCUUUUUCAGAGCACCAGGCAUUUAACCUCCCUUCUUGGGCUUUGAGUCUCUUAAGUCUUUUCUACUCCAGCAGAAUCUGCUGAAGCUCUGUGGCAAAACUUCCCACAUGGAACUGAAGGCUGAAAUGUGAAUAAACCUCAAUCUGGUUUCUUUUCCAGUCCUACCAGUGUGCAGGUAGGGAGGGGAAAAAAAGUCUUCCCCAGCCUCUUCGUGGCAGGGACUGGAGAUAGCUUUGAUGAGGCAGGGCCAGCAAACAGAGGUGGAGAACAAUUUGAGCCAGGUGGAGAACAUUUAACCUGGCUGUGGAUGGCUCUGCAGGCAUCUGGCAGUUCCACCACCCUCCCUCCUCACAUGUGGAACCCAAGUGCCUUAGGUAGGACUUUAGGAAUAAAAGAUGCCAAAGGGCUCCCAGUGGGCUAAGGGAUAGACAAGAAGCUGGCUCUGCUCUGUUUCUCCUCCCUCUGCAGCAGCAGUGGCUUCAUGAACAACAAGAAGUAUUUCUUUUUGGCUUGGUAAGUGAAGGGCACCACCAAAUUCCCAAGAGCAGGAGAAGGUCCUACCUAGCUGUGGGUCAAUCCUGCUUCCAGAGCAAGCAGUGCUGCAAGUCACAUCGUUGAGGUUGAGCUACAUGAGAGUCAGGGGCCAGGGGCAGCUUUGUGCUCAGACCCAAGCAAGUUUUCAGGGAUCCCAAGCUGUUGUCAUGCAAGAGCAGAGCUGGUGGUGCAAGCUCAACAUUGGUGGUGCAAGCUCAGCAUUGGUGGUGCAAGCUCAGCAUUGGUGGUGCAAGCUCAGCAUUGGUGGUGCAAGCUCAGCAUUGGUGGUGCAAGCUCAGCAUUGGUGGUGCAAGCUCAACAUUGGUGGUGCAAGCUCAAUAUUGAUGAUGCAAGCUCAAUAUUGGUACUGCAAGCUCAAUAUUGAUGAUGCAAGCUCAAUAUUGAUGAUGCAAGCUCAAUAUUGGUACUGCAAGCUCAAUAUUGAUGAUGCAAGCUCAAUAUUGAUGAUGCAAGCUCAAUAUUGGUACUGCAAGCCCAGUGCUAGUGCUGCCAGCUCAACACUGGUGGUGCAAGCCCCUGAGGAGCUGCAGUUCAGCAGAUGUUGAGCAAACCACAGUCUCUGCUGGUACCAGCAGUGACUUCCACAUCCAAAAUUAGGUCCAAAACAUCUCUUGAAGCUGACCUACCCUCUCACUAGUGAAUUUAUCACAAGCUUUCCUCAGUGCUGAACACCUGAGGAGAGGCUUUUUUCUUGGUACAGUGCUUAAAGGACUGACAGCAAUGUCCAUCAGAGGCUGUUUCUGUGGGUGCAGGGGUCGUGUAGACACAGUUUCAUGUUAGUUCAGGUUUGGUUUGGUUUGGUGUGAAUUGCUUCUCCCAAGGACCACUGUAAAUAAUCCCAGCUGAAAAGAAAUUGAGCAUUAAAAAUCAUUUUCUCCACUGUGA